AGUCAACUUGUUUUAGUAUUGAUCGAUUUUAUUUGCGAAAUUAUUUAUACAAACACUUGUCGCUUCUCGGUUCAAACAUGCAUCAUUAUUGAGGCAACGCGGCAGUAAAUCACACGGUUACAAAAUAAUACAAACAAUUACUUUUAUUUAUUUUCUGUGAUAAAUUACGUGAAAGUUCUUAAUUCGUGUCUUGUGCGCCAGUGACUUUAUUUUUUAAAUUUCAUUCGAAUUUUGAAUUAUGGAUAAAUUAAUUUUCGUCGUAUUUGCCACGCUUAGCUGCGUUUUAUUAGCAUCAGCGAUUGAAAUUGAUACUUAUGAUUUUCUUAUGCCGAAUGUUUGGCCUCACAGGGAUGAACUCUACUUAUGCACACCGAUCAGGAUUUCUCCACAUAGCAAUUAUUACAUAGUCGGAUUUGAACCAAAUGCCACGAUGCACACAGCCCAUCACAUGCUGCUAUACGGAUGCUCGGAGCCAGGAUCAAAUGAGUCAGUUUGGAGCUGUGGUGAGAUGCAAAGCAAUGAGGUUGAUGAGCUGUACAAUACUGCCAGUCCUUGUCGCUCCGGAUCUCAGAUUGUCUACGCCUGGGCCCGUGAUGCUCCGAGCCUGCAUCUCCCCAAAGACGUCGGAUUCCUGAUUGGCAAGGAUUCGCCUAUCAAAUACUUGGUGUUGCAAGUGCACUACAUGCAUCGUUUCCCAGAGGACAAAGUUGACAACUCCGGUGUAUUCCUGAAAUAUACGAAGGAAAGCAUGCCUCGUCAAGCCGGUGUGAUUUUACUCGGCACCAGCGGCGUCAUCCCGCCACAUCACAUCGAGAACAUGGAGACGGCUUGCACCAUCAACGAGAACAAAGUCAUCCAUCCCUUCGCUUACCGCACUCACACUCAUGCGUUAGGAGUCCUAGUAUCAGGCUACGUAGUCCGGCAAGAUGAAGGCGGCGAUGUAUGGACGUUACUCGGCAAGAAGAACCCGCAACUACCACAGAUGUUCUACCCGGUGGUCAACAUCAAGCCCAUAGAGAGAGACGAUGUGUUAGCAGCAAGGUGCAUCAUGAACAAUACUAACGACUACGCUGUUAGGAUUGGAGCUACGAACAAGGAUGAAAUGUGUAACUUCUACCUAAUGUAUUGGGUGGAGAAUGACACACCUUUGGAACAAAAAUACUGCUUCUCUGCCGGACCCCCAUAUUACUACUGGAACCGAGCUCGAGAAAACUUGGGCAACAUACCACCUAGCGAAGUUUAAAUACCAUUGAAGGUUUGCAAAGGUAUUUGGUCAAAAAGUCUGCUUGAAAAACGGUAGUGAACUAUGAUAGUAAGAGCUGAUUUCACCGCUUCUUAUAAGAAUGUUUUGAUGUUAUGUAAGUAAUAAAUAGGAGGAAUUUUAAGCAAAAAUUAAUUCGUAAAAAAUGCUAUUGAAGUCAAUGGAUGGUUGGUUCAUUUGAUUUUGAUCAUUAUGUCUUAUGAGAAGUGUAUAUUAGCUGUAUCGUGGGUUUUCUCACUUCAUGAAAUCCUCGAUAAAAUCAUGAAAUGUCGUGAUCCUCAAUUUUUGGGAGUUAAAAAAGCUUCUAUAAAUCUAAACCGUAUCUAAGCAAAUAUACGAUAUGGCUACGAUAUAUUGUAGACUAAAGAAGAGAUAUUCAAACAUCCUAUUUAAACAUGAUUAAUAUUAAAUUAUUGCUAAUUCAUACAGUUCUACAUACAUACAAUGUUCUAAUGAAGAAGUGGUGAAUUUGGCUAUAGCAAUUUUGUCGUUUAUUUUGAAGCAUAAUACGAAUUGUAUCAAUUAUGGCAGCUGUCAGCUGUUUAUAGUUUUUUUUCGGUUUUACUAUGAAUACGGUAGCUUUAUUAUAUUUACUAUGAAUAUCACUUCAAAUUGUGUAUUCAGUUUUAAACUUUUACUACCAAACUAUAAGGUCUGAAAUUAACGAAACAUUCCAUAGAUAAAGACUAUUUUGAUUUGAUAUAUUUAUUUUUAAGUUAAAGAUAAACAAAAGCCUAUAUUUCUUAUUUCAAAUUCGGAAUAAAAAAAAAGAAAUAAAUCAAUUAUUAUUCGAAUGUCCAAUUUAGAUUGGAAAGAGGUUCAAUUUGACAAAACAUGACAGAUAUUUACUGGUUACAAAAAAAGUGUUUCAAGUAUAAAGAUCUGAGUGUAGCUUAUUAAAAAAAUAUAGAAAAUUAAUAUUUAUUAAACUGAUCCACUAAAUCUAUACUUCUAGUCAAAAUCAGUAUAAAAGACAUGAUCUAUCGUAAUAAUUAAUUAAGAUCUGCAAUUAAAUUCUACCAUAUUUUAUGGAAACUCAGAACAUGAAUUAUUGUUUUGAUAAUUUUUGGAUUUUUUUACUAUUAUAUUAAAUUCCAAACAUAUUUUAAAAGAUCUUUAACAAUUAAUAUCAUAUUUCAACAUGGUGUUCAUUGUAUAUUUAUCAAGUUUUACCCUAAAAAUUAAAACUAAAAAUAUAUUUUCCGACAUAAUAAAAGAAAAACUUCUUCUAAAUGAAUAUUUAUUGUAAAUAAUAAGAAUUACAGUAUUUGUUAGUGUAAUCUAUGGAUACUUGAUGGGCAUAAUAUUUUAUGUACAACCUCGGCUUCGUAUACUGGACUUCGAUAUAUUGCAUGCAAUUGAUGUCUUAAUUUAAACGAGUAUUAUAUCUAAAAAAAAAUAGUUCCACUAAUUGUAAUACAGGGAUGUUAUAAUUUCUAAGAAUUAAUCUUAGAAAAAUAAUAUUUUGAAGAAAAACAGCGUUUAUAAAACAGACACAAGAAUAAUUAACAAAAAUGACAAAACAAAAAAGUAAGAGAAAAGGAAAGAACGGAUUAGUUAUAUCGAAAACUUAUUUAUUUAAAAUGCAACAUGAACCACGUGCAAAUGCGUGGGUUAAUGUCAUGGGCACUCUUUCUGGACAUCCUUAGAGUAAUGGGCUAAUGUAGCUUGGAAAAUCUGAAAUAUGUGGCAGAAUUUUUCGCAGUAAAUAUUUUAUUUUUCCAUAAGUAAUCCCGUAUUUCUAAAGUAUUUUUUUUUUACCAGAAAUUGCCGGUUAAAUAAGAUAUCAAUUGUAUGUAAUAGACUUUGUAAAUAUCACUAGUGUAGUAUAUUAUUAAACUAAGCUCACUUAUUCAGGUGCUUUUGUUAAGUAUUUGUUUUACAAAAGUCUCUGAAUGACUAUUUAUUUUUGUGAAAACAUCUGUAUUAGUUUGGUUGUACUUAUUUUUAAGUUAUUUUGUCUUUUGACAUAUUUAUUCGUGUUACAUUUGUAUUUAAUUGUGGCAUAAUAUUUUGUUUGAAUUUGAGGUGCAUAAUUUUUCCAUGUCGGUACUUACACUUAUUUUGAAAAUAAAUUAUUUUUCAUCUUAUGAAUGCUAAACGCAAAAAUUACUAUUUAUUGCUAAAAUUUUCUUUUUUUUAGGACAUUAUUUUUUUAAACAUGCUAUAGUUAAUUUUUGAAUGUAUUCUCGAAAUAUCUAUUGAUAUAAUCUUUGAGAUUUUAGAUAUAUAACUAAAUAAAAGACGACAUAUUAUACAUAGACUGUUCGAUGAAGAAUAAAAGGGCUUUGGAUUUAACCUGAAGCACAAAAAAAGAAAUAUAUGUGGUGUAUACUAUAAUAUCAUAUAUUUAAUAUAUGUACCUAGUAACUUCGAAAGGCACACGUUUAGUAUUUUUGUUAGUAAAAAGUGCCUCUGAUAUAAUAUUAUAUCCAAAUCUUCUAUGUACGUAUACCCUUGAAAUUAUAACUAUAUGUACCUAUUUAUUUUUAAUAUUUCCCUCUUAGCGUAUUUUUUGCACAAAAUUUGACGAAAUGUUAUAAUAAUGUUUACUUUAUAAUCCUUUUUCUAUUAGAUAUUAUAAGUAAUUGCGAAUUAUUAAAAUGUUAAUUUUUGUCUUGUAGUUGUAAACCCCUGAUUGUCAAAGUUUUAAUUGCUUUGAAGAGCAUUUUAAUCCAAAUGACUUGUGAACAUUCCAAAAUACAUAUAUUUAAAUAAAUUAUAUAGUUAAAAAAAAUGCCUAUUUCCAAAAUGUUUAUAAAAAAUAUUAAAUAAAUCGACGAAUGCAAUUUUUUAUCCGAGUGCGUUUAGUGUAGUUCCUACAAGACGCGGGUGAAACCAUGGGUGAAAGGUAGCAUGAUAUCAUAAAAUCUAAUGGCAUAUUUUUAAUUGUCUUGAAAUGCUCAUUAAAGCGAUACACUUAGUAUUGAUGUACGUGUCAAACACGAAUGUCCCUUAAAAGUAAGUUAUUCUACUAGCAUAAUAUUAAAUGUUUAAAUCAUAUCUCUGUGUUACGUAUGCUGCAAGCAAAAUAUUAAGGCCGGUGGAUAAUAUGCGAAUUUUAAUUGCAAUGCUUUCAAAAUUAUUGAAAACAUACCGUUUUUUUUUUUGGGAUUUGGUUUUUCUAUUGCCAAUUCAUUAUUUAAGGGACCUUGGACCUACCUAAAGCAUACACAUACAUACAUAUUUUAAAUAGUCAUUAUAUUGUUAUGAUUUAUUAAAGCGCAUUUUUGAGCAACUGCUUAGCAACUAAAAUUCGCAUUAUUAUAUCAUACUUCACCAAAAUUGACAUUUUCAUUGUUCUGUGUUCCAACAUUGGAAUGAAAAAGCAUAAUUAUUAGAUAUACUCUAUCUAUCGCAUUUACUUAACUUACAAUGAAAAUGUCAAAAGAAACAACCCGUAGCCUAUACAUUGACUCUUGAACAAAUAAACUUUGAGCAGCUAAAUCAUUUAAACCGUCAAUGUACAACAUUUGCGAGCCAUUUCUAAAAUUCUACUAGGCCUAAUACGUGUCUAUUAAAAACUAAAUGAAAUUUUUAUUCCAGUAUUGUAUUUAUAUAACUUAAUAUGUGUAUGUAGACACGGCUUAAGCCAGACUUGAUGUGCCCUGGAUUCCUAUGUGUGAACCUCAACUGUAUGUGGUAUAAUAAUACUUAUCGGAAAAGUGCAAAUAAAAACUAUUAUAUUUUA